AUGUCCGCUGUUAAACUUGGCUUCUUGGCCAUCCGCACAAUUGCCAAACCCAUCGCCAACUCUAUAAAGUCCUACAGUGCCAAGCAUCCAAAGUUUAGAGAUGCGUGUAUCGGUGUCGCGCAGUUCUCGCACAAGACAGAGAUGCAGCUCAAGAUGAAGUUUUUAGGAUACAAGGUCGAAUCGAUUCGUCCCUUGAACGAUGCUAGAGCUGUUGAGAUGGGAGCCAACUUUUUGGGCGAGGCUAUUAUCUUUGGAGUGGCUGGAUCGCUUAUCAUCCUAGAGAAUGCCAGAGACCGCAAGAACCACGUCGACGACACACUCGACAACCUCCUGUUGAUGACAUCCGAACUGCGGGAAGAACUGAAAGAGUUGGAGGUGACCUCGGACAAAAAGAUUCAGGACCUGCAGAACGAGAACGUCGUGCUAAAACGGACACUGAACGAGAUUUUGGAUGUCAGUCUGCGUCUUCGGAGUCAUACCCCUUACAGCGGACAGGAGAUCGGAAUCGGCAAUGCCGCAGGAGGAUUUGUACUGCAGAUCGCGGACGAGCCUAUGAUUCGAUCGUUCCCUGCAGACCCUGUGCCACCACCACCAUCGCCUCCAUCUUCGCCAGUCGUCAACAAUACUUCUUCCUCGACUGUCUCGACACCGCUGCAGUCCUCUUAUGAUUUCCAUCACGAGCACCAUCAGUUAGGCCACCCACAGCAACAGGAGGACUUUGUUCUUAUUGACCAGACCACCGACACGUCCGUGCCCCACCACGAGCCACCAAAAAAGUCACGAUGGGAGAGCUUGACUUUUAGCUGGCCUUCCUCUGGCUCUUCCUCUGGCUCUUCCUCUGGCUCUUCUUCCACACCCUCUGCUACAUAG